AUGGGGGUGGCCAAAGUCAUCCGGCACUUCAGCGGGGGUGGUGGGGCAGGAGAACUCCAAGAAGAUGAGUCAGUGGAAUCCCCCAAGAACUGCCACAAUGGCAAGCUCGUCACCAUCCAGCCACGCAGCCGUUUUGUGAAGAAGGAUGGGCACUGCAACGUGCAGUUUGUCAACAUGAGUGAAAAGGGCCAGCGAUAUCUUACCGAUAUCUUCACCACCUGUGUGGAUAUCCGCUGGCGCUGGAUGUUCCUCAUCUUCUGCCUUUCUUUUGUGCUCUCUUGGCUUCUCUUUGGCUUCACCUUCUGGCUCAUUGCUGCACUUCAUGGAGAUCUUGCACCUGAGCAACCCCCCAACUCAAGGCCUUGCUUCUCUGAGAUCACCAGUUUCAUGGCUGCCUUCCUCUUCUCCUUGGAGACCCAGACAUCCAUUGGAUAUGGCUUCCGUAGCGUGACAGAGGAAUGUCCCUCGGCUGUCCUGGCUGUGAUGUUGCAAUGCAUUCUGGGAUGCAUCAUUGAUGCGUUCAUCAUUGGUGCCAUAAUGGCCAAGAUAGCCAAGCCAAAGAAACGCAACGCGACCCUUGUUUUUAGCGAGACUGCUGUGGUGGCCAUGCGAGAUGGAAAGCUCUGCCUUAUGUGGCGUGUGGCUAACCUGCGGAAGAGCCACCUGGUAGAGGCCCAUGUCCGUGCACAGCUGUUGCAGCCUCGUGUGACCUCUGAAGGCGAGUACAUUCCCCUGGAUCAUAGUGAUGUUAAUGUGGGCUUUGACAGUGGCACUGACCGCAUUUUUCUGGUCUCCCCUGUAACAAUUGUGCAUGAGAUUGAUGCUGAAAGCCCUCUGUAUGAGUAUGGUCCUAUGGAGCUGGCCAAUGCUGACUUUGAACUGGUGGUCAUUUUGGAAGGUAUGGUAGAAGCUACCGCCAUGACCACUCAAUGCCGUAGUUCCUAUCUGCCAAGUGAACUGCGCUGGGGACAUCGCUUUGAACCUGUACUCUUUGAACGACGUGGGCAUUAUGAGGUUGAUUACCAGCACUUCCAUCGUACAUAUGAAGUGCCUGGAACCCCAGCAUGCAGUGCCAAGGAACUCAGCCAACGUAAAUAUAGAGUCUCCCCCAUUGGAGCCACUGCUGCUCGUUCUUCCUUCUGCUAUGAGAAUGAAGUGGCACUUACAACCUGUCAUGAGGAAGAGGAGGAAGAAGAAAGCCAGGGAAAACAGCGGGUGAGUGUGGAGAAUGAAACAACCACUACCACGUGAUGUGAGCCAUGUCCCCUCAACUGAGGAGAGCUGAGGAAAGAAGGGGUAGCACCCACACCAGACUUCACAUAAUUGGGCUGUUAAAACAAUUGGCCAAAGGACCACAUUUUCAUACUUUGACUGACUGUCCCCCUCCCAAAUCAAGCAUCUCAGCUUGGUCGUUGCUAGAAGAAAUACCAUGGAACAAACAGAAGACUUUUCUAGAUCAUUUGUCUCUGAGGAGAGUUAAGGGGUUAUAGAAAUACAGUGUGUCUAUGUGAGGGGAAAGGGGA